GAGCGCUGUGGCGGUCGGCGUUGUGGGAGCGAGCCCUGAGGUAACGAGCGCUGUGGGAGAAUCCGGCCGACCGAGCGAGAUGUCUCAGUGGAGCGAGCUGCAGCAGCUGGACUCCAAGUUCCUGGAGCAGGUGCAUCAGCUGUACGAUGACAGCUUCCCCAUGGAGAUCCGCCAGUACCUGGCGCAGUGGCUGGAGAAGCAGGACUGGGAGCACGCGGCCAACGAUGUGUCCUUCGCCACCGUCUGCUUCCACGAUCUCCUGUCCCAGCUGGACGAUCAGUACAGCCGCUUCGCCCUGGAGAACAAUUUCUUGCUGCAGCACAAUAUCCGGAAAAGCAAGCGAAAUCUCCAGGACAACUUCCAGGAAGACCCGAUUCAGAUGGCCAUGAUCAUCUGCAACUGCCUCAAGGAAGAGCGGAAGAUCCUGGCUUGCGCCCAGAUGUUCCAUCAGGCCGAGGUGGGGAACGUUCAGAACACCGUCAUGUUGGACAAACAGAAGGGGCUGGAUUUAAAGGUCAAAUCCCUGAAGGACAAAGUGAUGGACAUAGAGCAAGAUAUCAAGAUCCUGGAAGAUCUACAGGAUGAAUACGACUUUAAGUGCAAAACCUUGCAGAACCGAGAGCACGAGCCCAACGGCGUGGCUCACAGCGACCACAGGCAGGAACAGCUGCUCAUCCAGAAGAUGUACCUCGCGCUGGACCUCAAGAGGAAGGAAGUGCUCCACAAGAUGAUCGAAAUGCUGAAUGAGACGGAGCUGACCCAAGGCGCUCUGAUCAAUGAGGAGCUGGUGGAGUGGAAGCACAGGCAGCAGAGCGCCUGCAUCGGCGGCCCCCCCAACGCCUGCCUCGACCAGCUGCAGAACUGGUUCACGGGAGUGGCGGAGAGCCUGCAGCAGGUGCGCCAGCAGCUGAAGAAGCUGGAGGAACUGGAGCAGAAAUACACCUACGAGCAGGACCCCAUCACCAAGAGCAAGCAGAGCCUCUGGGACCGCACCCACGGCCUCUUCCAGCAGCUCAUCCAGAGCUCCUUCGUCGUGGAGAGGCAGCCGUGCAUGCCCACGCACCCGCAGAGGCCCCUCGUCCUGAAGACCGGCGUGCAGUUCACCGUCAAGCUCAGGCUGCUGGUGAAACUACAGGAGCUGAAUUACAAUCUGAAAGUCAAAGUCCAGUUCGACAAAGACGUGAACGAGAGGAAUACCGUGAAAGGGUUUCGGAAGUUCAACAUCCUGGGGACGCACACGAAGGUGAUGAACAUGGAGGAGUCCACCAACGGCAGCCUGGCCGCCGAGUUCCGCCACCUGCAACUGAAGGAGCAGAAAAACGCAGGCAACAGGACGAACGAGGGUCCAUUAAUCGUCACGGAAGAGCUCCACUCGCUCAGCUUUGAGACCCAGCUGUGCCAGCCCUCCCUGGUCAUAGAUAUUGAGACGACAUCCCUGCCGGUGGUCGUGAUCUCCAACGUCAGCCAGCUGCCCAGCGGGUGGGCCUCCAUCCUGUGGUACAACAUGCUGACCCGGGAUCCCAGGAACUUAUCCUUCUUCCUGAACCCGCCGUACGCCCGCUGGGGCCAGCUCUCCGAGGUGCUGAGCUGGCAGUUUUCUUCGAUCACCAAGCGAGGCCUCCACGCCGACCAGCUGAGCAUGCUGGGGGAGAAACUCCUGGGGCCCAAUUCUGCCACCCCUGAAGGCCUCAUUCCCUGGCAGAGGUUCUGCAAGGAAAACAUAAACGACAAAAAUUUCCCCUUCUGGCUCUGGAUUGAGAGCAUCCUGGAGCUCAUUAAGAAGCACCUGCUGUGCCUUUGGAAUGAUGGGUGCAUCAUGGGCUUCAUCAGCAAGGAGCGCGAGCGAGCCCUGCUGAAGGACCAGCAGCCGGGAACCUUCCUGCUGCGCUUCAGCGAGAGCAGCCGUGAGGGGGCCAUCACAUUCACCUGGGUCGAGAGGGCCCAGAACGAGGCCCAGUUCCACGCGGUGGAGCCGUACACGAAGCGGGAGCUGUCCGCCGUCACCUUCCCGGACAUCAUCCGCAACUACAAGGUCAUGGCGGCCGAGAACAUCCCCGAGAACCCCCUCAAGUACCUGUACCCCAACAUCGACAAAGACCACGCCUUCGGCAAGUACUACUCCCGGCCCAAGGAAGCCGCGGAGGCCAUGGACCUGGACGGGCCCCGGGGGACGGGCUACAUCAAGACCGAGCUCAUCUCCGUGUCCGAAGUCCACCCGUCCCGGCUCCAGACGCCCGACAUCCUCCUGCCCAUGUCCGACGACGACUUCUUCGAGGUGUCCCGCCUGGUAGGGCCCGACGAGAUCGACACCGUGAUGAACGCGGCCUACCAGACUUGAGCCAGCCCGUCGCCACGGCGACCCACGGGACCCCAGCGCCGCUCACGCCAUCCGCGGAGGCCGCAGACUCCCGCUCGCCCAAGGCACCUCCGCCGCGUCCCAUGCCACCCCCGCGUCCCUCCCGGGCCUCGGGGCAUCCCGGGCCCCCCCCGCUUCCUGACGCGACGCCCCCCAGGCCCCCACGGCCACGGUAAGACUCCACUGGGGUGGGAAGAGACGGGCACGCCGCCCGCCCGCUGCCCUUCGCUCCCCACCCCGCCUCCCACAUGGACUGGGAACCGUUUUUUAGACUGUAAGCCCGCUGUGGGGU